AUGACCACGACCGCGGCCGCCAUGUCCCCCAACCUGGAGGGCACGCUCAAGAGCCAGGUGCCCGCGCUGCUCCUCCGGCGCCUCUUCGGCGCCGGGGCGCGCCGGGAUGAGGCCGCGGCGGCCAGGCAGCACCACCACCACCAGGCGCCGCGGCCGUCGCCCUCGCCUUCGCCGCCUCCGGCGGGGAGGCGGCGGGUGUUCGUGCAGACGGAGUCCGGGUGCGUGCUGGGCAUGGACCUGGACCGCGGCGACAACGCGCACACCGUCAAGCGCCGGCUGCAGCUCGCCCUCAACGUGCCCACCGGCGGCACCUCGCUCACCUUCGGCGACCGCGUCCUGGAGAACGACCUCUCCUCCGUCCGCCACGACUCGCCGCUGCUGCUCACCCGCAACAGCAUCCACCGCAGCUGCUCCACCCCGUGCCUCUGCCCCGUCUCCGAGGACUUCGAGCAGAAGGACUGCGGCGGCCUGGUUGAGAUACUCGGGUCGUCGAGCGGCAGCGUGAGGCGCCUCGUCGACGACGUGGCCGCCGGCAUAAUGGGCGGGCUGGAUCCGGUCCCCAUCGACAGUGGCCUUGGCGGCUCCUACUACUUCCGGAAUGAUGAGGGCGACAGAGUCGCCAUUGUCAAGCCGACAGAUGAGGAGCCGUUUGCCCCGAACAACCCGAAGGGGUUCACCGGGAGAGCGCUUGGCCAGCCGGGACUGAAGAAGUCUGUCCGGGUAGGGGAGACAGGGUUCAGGGAGGUCGCGGCGUACCUGUUGGAUCAUGAAAACUUCGCAAAUGUUCCUGCAACGGCUCUGGUGAAGAUAACACACUCGGUUUUCAAUAUCAAUCGUCCGAUGAACGGCGGCACUCCGGCUCAUGACCAUAAGCCGCAGGUCACCAGUAAGAUUGCUUCAUUUCAGCAGUUCAUCGCUCAUGACUUCGAUGCCAGUGACCACGGCACUUCGAGCUUCCCGGUUGCAGCUGUUCACAGGAUCGGCAUAUUAGACAUCAGGAUUUUCAACACUGACAGGCAUGGUGGCAAUGUCCUGGUGAGGAAGCUUGAUGGAGGAACCGGCCGCUUUGGUUGCCAAACAGAACUGUUCCCAAUUGAUCAUGGGCUCUGCUUACCGGAGAACUUGGAGGACCCUUAUUUCGAGUGGAUACACUGGGCACAGGCGUCAAUCCCGUUCUCCGAGGAAGAGCUCGAGUACAUUAGCAAACUUGAUCCGAUGAGGGAUGCUGCAAUGCUGCGCGGAGAACUGCCCAUGAUACGUGAGGCUUGCCUCCGAGUGCUUAUUCUAUGCACAAUCUUCCUCAAGGAGGCCGCUGCUUUCGGGCUUUGCUUGGCAGAGAUAGGUGAGAUGAUGACCAGGGAAUUCAGAGGAAUGGAGGAGGAACCCAGCAAACUGGAGGUUGUGUGCAUGGAAGCCAGGAGGAAAGUAGACGAAUGGGAACCCUUCUCCCCUAGUGUUGAACAAGGAGAGGACAUGGAUUUCCAGUUCUCAAUGGAUGUGUUAGGAGGGUACAGUGAUGUGAUUCGAUCGCCAAGAUUCAUUUGCUCAGGCUUGAAGGGCAGCUUCAGAAACCCUCUGACAAAGCUCGUGGAGAGCAUGAACGAGGACGGUGAUGACGAAGAAGAUCGAAAGGAGCCUUCCAUGCAUUCAUCCGAUCGGUUCUCAUCUGCUGAGUUCAGCACGCCCAGUCUUCACAGAACCACCAGUUCAAAAACUAGUUCAAACAGCAGCAUGCAUGCCCCGAACAGGAGCGCAGACGAGCAGCUCCCAUCGAGCCUGUGCUUCGUCAGGCUGUCAGACAUGAGCGCAGAGGAGUGGCACGUCUUCGUCGAGAAGUUCCAGGAGCUGCUGAAGGAAGCGCUGGAGGAAUGCAAGGCGGCGGCGGGGCAGCGGAUGAAGCAACGGCUGGGCACCUCCUGCAAAUUUUGA